AUGCGUAUAGCAUUCCUCCAUCCCGACCUCGGCGUAGGCGGGGCCGAGCGGCUGGUCAUCGACGCAGGCAUGGGCCUGCUUGCCCGCGGCCACGCGGUGACCAUGUACACCAACCACCGCGACGUGGGCCACUGCUUCCCCGAGGCCCGCGAUGGCUCGCUGGACGUCCGGGUCGUCGGCGGCUGGCUGCCGUCAUCGAUCUUUGGCAUGUUCUCUAUUCUCUGCGUUACACUCCGGAUGCUCUACGCUGCCGUGGUCAUGGUCAUCUUCUACCCGCGCCCGGAUGUGGUCUUCCUCGACCAGCUUGCCACGGCGGUGUGGCCCUUCCGCCUCGUUGGCCUCCCGGUCGUCUUCUACUGUCACUUUCCGGACAAGCUCCUGGCCUCGCGCUCGUCGUCGCCGCUGCGCAUCGCGUAUCGCGCCGUCGCGGACGCGCUCGAGGAGCGCUCGACGCGCGCUGCUGACGUGGUGCUCGUCAACUCGGCCUUUACCGCUGCCACUGUCAUGGAGGCCUUCCCGUCGAUGACUGCGCGGCCGGCCGUCCUCUAUCCGGCCAUCAACAUGCAGGCCAUCGACGCCGCCGCCGCCGCCGCCGUCGGCAGCGGCUCAGAGCUUGCAAACAACAAGGUGUUCUUCUCUAUCAACCGCUUUGAGCGCAAGAAGGCCAUCGAGCUCGCGCUCGCCGCCUUUGCGCUCAUGGCCGCCGAUGCGCGCGGCGCGCAGCUGGUCCUCGCCGGCGGCUACGAUCCCAACAACCGCGAGAACGCAGAGUACUUUGACGAGCUCCAUGCCCAGGCCACUGAACUCGGCCUCGACAUCGGCACCGACGUCGUCUUUGCGCCCUCGGUCUCGAACGAUGACAAGUACCGCUACUUUGACGCUGCUGUCGCUGUCCUCUACACCCCGUCCAACGAGCACUUUGGCAUCGUGCCUGUCGAGGCCAUGUACGCCUCGCGCCCUGUCGUUGCCGUCGCCUCGGGCGGGCCGACCGAGUCCAUUGUCGACGGCGAGACCGGCUUGCUCGUCGCCCCGGAGCCGGCCGCCUUUGCUGACGCGAUGCGAACGCUCUGGGCCGACCGAGCACUCUGCGCUCGCAUGGGCGCCGCCGGCCGCCAGCGCGUCCGGGACUUGUUUUCGCUCGACGCCUUUGCCGCCUCGCUUGAGGCAUCGAUUGUCUCGGCCAUCGAUGGCUCGCCGCCCGCUGCCGGCCGCGCCAAGACCGAUUGACAAGCUCAUGACCGCCGAUCCCGGCACGAUGUGUGUAUGAAUAACGAUGUGGGGUU